UGCUCUUCUUCUUCCCACUGCAGCCACCCGAAGAAAAAAAAAGGGAAACCCAGCCAUGCCUUUGAGAAACCGGCGAGAUAAGCUUGGUUUUCUCCUUCCUUUCUUGCUCUAGAACACACCUAGAACCCAGAAAUCUUCCCCCCCCUGCUGGAAAAGCCGGAUCUGCCCUGCUCUGCUUUGUCCUUCCGCCAGCUGCUCUUGAUUGUGGGUGAUUUCUGGGCCUUUUUUUGUUCCGUGAGUUUCUCCCCUGCACUGCCGCCGGCUUCUUCCCCCUGCUAGGUCCGGUUCCUUGCUUGUAAAUUCUGGUAUGUGACAGCCUUUUAAGGCUUAAAUUAUCCAUUUAAAGUUGCUGCUUGUGAUGUCCGAAUUUGGCUAGGAAAUGGGGAAAUUCUGGUAGCAAUUAAGAGGGGUUUUAAGUGUGUUUUGUUGCUUAAUUCAUGUGUAAAUUGCUUGAGUUGAUUGCUGUGAUUUUUAGAGAAAAUCCCGUGAGAUUAGCUAGUGUUUUGGCCAAUUUUGGAAUUAUAGUUACUGUUCACAUCGGGGUCACUGUUCACCGAACGAAUUUGGAGAUAUUUGAUCAUGUGGAGAUUUAUGGAAAUAGCAUUGUGAUUAGGAAUGAUCCAAUGAAGUGUUCAGUGUGAAUUUGUGAUAGUGGUAUUAAUUCUUGAAAUAUCUUGAUUAGGUUCUUGAUCGUCUUGUCAGUUUAGUAUGUGAAUUGAGUGCUCGGUUUUAUGCGAGUGAGGUAAGUAAAUUUAUGGUAAUGCCCAUACUGUUUUAAAAGCAUGUUUUGAUUUGUUUUUGAAGUGGUGGCGAGACUAAACCCGUUUUACACAAGUGUGACUGAUUUGACGUGAAAUGUUUUAUGUUUUUCAUUAAAUUGAGCAUGCCUACUUGAAAGUGAUUGUGAAUUGUCCUGAUGAUUUGAAAGUGAUAGUGAAUUGUGAUUUUUCUGUUAACUUUUGCUUGUUUUGUCUCCGAUAUGGUCAUGUUAUUCGUGUGCCUGCUAGUGGGAGGUUUAUAAACGCUAGCACAUGUCGACAUGUUACUGAUAGAACCGGUUCGUUUCUGUUAUCUUGCUAGUGGGAUUAUACACUAGUAAAUUGUGUGCUUGUCAGUGGGAGGUUUAUAACACUGGCCGUGACCUAUAGAGGAGACGUCUAUUUCGUUCCCGUACUGUAUCCGUUUUGCGUGAUUGCACAUGUGGCAUGCUAUAAGUUUAAAUAAGGGGCACUCCAUAUUUUACUUACUGAGUUUAUCUCAUAGUUUUUCUUGUCCACCAUUUCAGGAAGUGAAACCGAGGACGAGGAAACCACGGGAAGUGACGAGUUAGAAGGCUAGCCAUAUUGUAAUUGGAUAUAAAUUUUAGAUAUGAAUCAUGAUCUUGUAUUUGGAGAUUUUAUGAUAUUUGAGAGAAUUUUAUAAUUUGAUCUUCAGAGUUUGGUGGUAUUAGAGUGUGAUGUGAUAAGUUCCGAGCCUUAUGCAUUUGUGGGACCCCUCUCACGAGUGCACGGUGUCUGUCGCGUCUCGAAAUUGGGUUUUGGGGCAUGACAAGUUUAAUAUAACAGGUAAUGUUAU